AUGACUCACCUUUCUACUCAACAACACCACACAGUGCUCUUUAGCAAAAUUGAGCAUGAUGUGCUUUUCGAAUACGAGAAACUUGCUGCCAAUGUUGAGCAGAUGAAAGAUCUCGUCACCACAAUGAACACGGCUGACGUCCCAAUACUAAACGAGAAACUCCGCUCACUUGAGAAAAAAAUGGGUGUUGUCUACACACUGUUUAAAGCUUCGGUGUACUCGCUUGUUACUGCUGCUGCCGCCGCGGCGCAACACCAACAAGAAGCUGGCGAGAUAGUAGAACCAGCAGAAGGAACAUCGCGAACAGACAACGAUAAUCUACAAAAUAGUACUACUAAUCGACCGGUAAUAUAA